AUGGAAGGCAAGCUACUCGACUACCCCGAGGGUGGAUUCGGCUGGCUCGUCGUCCUGUCCUCGUUCGUGGUCAACUUCUGGGCAUUCGCACCCAACAUCACCUUUGGUGUUUACCAAGCCUACUUUUUGCAAUCCAACACCUUCCCGGGCGCCCUGCCCACGGAUAUCUCAUGGGUCGGUAGUAUCGGUGCUUCCGCCAUGUUUCUUCCAGGCCCCUUCGUAGCGCCCCUGACCCGGUUUCUGGGCCUGCGCGCCGUCGUCGCGAUCGGCAUCCUAGUCGCGUCCCUGGGAUUCAUCACAGCGAGUUUUGCGACACAGCUGUGGCAUUUGUAUUUGACCCAGGGGUUGCUGUUUGGUGUUGGUGGUGGAUUGGUCUUCUUCUCCUCAAUCUCGGUCACGGCGCAGUACUUUGAGAGGCGUCGUGGAUUGGCCAACGGAAUCGCGGUCGCAGGAUCGGGUAUUGGAGGAUUGGCCCUGGCGCCAUUGACGAGAUUUUUGAUCGCACAGGUCGGUGUCCGGUGGUGUCAGCGCAUUACUGGAUUUGCGGUUCUGGGCUUUAUGUCGGCGGUUUUUGCGUUCAUUAAGCCGAGAGUGAAGACUGCGAAAAAAGGUCCCAUCUUUGAUUUAAGAUAUAUGGUACCGAUCUUCUUGAUCCCAACGUACAGCAGCGUGGAACUCAAUCAAUCCGCCAGCACUGGUGCCAACCUCAUCAGUCUCUUCUCAGGCAUCAAUGCCGCAUCACGAAUCGGGCUGGGUGUUGCUGCCGACAAACUUGGACGCACCAACACCCUGUUCACAUGCUGUUUCUUCGCCGGACUAUCUUGCCUCGCGAUCUGGUACGUUUCCCAGAGUGCGGCCUCCACUAUUGGGAUCUUGACCGCCUUCAUGUGUGUCUACGGUCUGUUCGGAGGAGGAUUCAUCAGUAUCUUCCCUGUGGUUGUGGCCCAAGUCGUCGGUAUCGAGCGCCUGUCUGCAGCUCUCGGAAUCCUCUACUUUGGAAACGUCGUUGGGAAUUUGCUGGGCGCCCCUAUUGCGACGGCAAUCAUGCAUGCACAGAACGGCAGGUACAUUGGCGCGAUCAUGUUCGCAGGGUUCUCACCCGUGCUGGCCGCGUUCUUUGUGCUCUUCAUCCGCUUCCGCAUCAACAAGAAGCUGUUCGCCAUCGCCUAG